UCUUUGCUUAUGCCCUGAACGAGGAGGAAACCUCCCUCUUUCGUGUUUUUUGAAAAUCAGCAGAAAAAGAUGGGAGGCAGAGGGAGGUCUAGAAGAACUCAAAGAAAGCACUUUCGUGAUGGCCGAGAAAAUGUUUGGAAAAACAGCAAAUCCGAUCCUCAGCAAGAAGAAAAUGGAAACAACACCAACAAACCCACUCACUGGCAGCCGUUUGCUGUUGAGAACGCUUUUUUUGAUGAGUACUAUAAGGAGCAAGGGAUAGUGCGUGCAGAGGAGUGGGAUUCUUUCAUUGAGUAUCUAAGGAGGCCACUUCCUGCUGCUUUCAGGAUCAAUUCUAGUAGCCAGUUCUGUAUAGAUAUCAGGUCGCAGCUAGAGGAUGAGUUUAUGAAAUCGCUUCAGGCGGAGGGUACAGAUGGGAAUGAAGCAGAGGGCAUAAAGCCAUUGCCUUGGUACCCUGAUAAUUUUGCUUGGCAGUCAAGUUUUUCAAGGAUGCAGCUGAGAAAAAACAAAAAUCUUGAGAGGUUUCACGAGUUCUUAAAGCAAGAAAAUGAAAUUGGAAACCUUACGAGACAGGAGGCUGUCAGCAUGGUACCUCCGUUGUUCCUGGAUGUGCAUCAAGACCAUUUUGUUCUUGACAUGUGUGCAGCUCCUGGUUCAAAAACAUUCCAAUUACUUGAAAUGAUACACCGGACAUCAGAAGUGGAAUCAUUACCUAGUGGAAUGGUUAUAGCGAAUGAUGUGGAUGUGCAACGAUGUAAUCUUCUUAUUCACCAAACAAAGAGAAUGUGCACUGCCAACUUGGUUGUCACUAAUCAUGAAGCCCAACAUUUCCCUAGCUGUCACUUGAGAAAGAAUCGUGUGAAUGCUUCUGAGUUGGGUAUGACUGAACUUUUAUUUGAUCGCGUCCUCUGUGAUGUUCCAUGCAGUGGAGAUGGUACUCUCCGCAAGGCUCCUGAUAUCUGGAGAAAAUGGAGUGUGGGGAUGGCUAAUGGUGUCCAUUGUUUACAACUUCAGAUAGCUAUGCGAGGUCUGGCAUUGCUUAAAAUUGGUGGAAGAAUGGUUUACUCAACUUGCUCUAUGAAUCCAGUGGAAAACGAGGCUGUAGUGUCUGAGAUAUUGCGGAGAUGUGGAGACUCUGUUGAGCUUGUUGACGUAUCUACAGAGCUCCCUCAACUUAUUUGCAGGCCGGGUCUUAAAAGUUGGAAGAUGCAGGUACGAGACAAGAGCAUGUGGUUAGCUUCUCAUAAAGAUGCUUGCAAACAUGGAAGAACUGGGAUAGUUCCUAGCAUGUUUCCUUCUGGCCAAGCCCAUAUAGACGCAUCUGAUAUUGACCAGAAAAUAACACCUGGAGAAAUAUGCGAUGAUGGUAAUCUUGGGAAUUCUAGCAAUGGGGAUGAUGAGGGGGAACCAAAUGACGUCUUGGUGACCGAAGUUUCAUCUCUUCCGUUAGAGCGUUGCAUGCGUAUAGUGCCUCAUGACCAGAACACCGGAGCCUUUUUUAUUGCUGUUUUGCACAAAAUAUCCCCUUUGCCAGUCUUCCAGACUAAGUCAAAUAAGAAUCCUAGGCAGCCACAUUCUGAUAAUGAUGAAAAACCCAAACAAUCAGAAGAUGGUGAGGAAAAAGAUAAUAAUGGAAUGGAUGUAGAUGUGUUGGAUGUGACAAAUGAAGAAUCUGUAGAAGCAACAGCAGCUGAUGCUUGUGUUCUUUAUAAUGAAUCUGAUGAUGCUUUACUGGACAGUAAUCCAAGUAAAAAACUUAAAGGAACUGAGCCCGAACAGGUCCAAACUCCAAAUAAAGUAAGUACUCGUGCAGAAAAGGCCAACGACAAAAGAAAGCUGCAGAUUCAAGGCAAGUGGUUUGGAGUUGACCCUGUUGUUUUCUUCAAGGAUGAUGCUAUUCUCAAUGGCAUCAAAGAAUUUUACGGGAUUCCCGAAUCAUUUCCGUUCAGUAAUCGUCUUAUUACACGGAAUAGUGAUACCAACCAUGUGAAGAGAAUCUACUAUACAUCAGAAUCUGUGAAGAAUGUAGUUGAACUCAACUUCCUGGCUGGAGAGCAACUCAAGAUAACUUCUAUCGGUUUGAAGAUGUUUGAAAGGCAAACAUCCAAAGAAGGCACUUCCUCACCUUGUGUAUUCAGAAUAUCUUCUGAAGGUUUGCCAUUGCUUCUUCCACAUAUGACCAAACAGAUAGCUUGUGCAUCUCCAGUGGAUUUCAAGCAUUUACUGCAAUACAAAUCCAUCAAAUUCCCAGAUUUUGUUGAUAAUGGAUUUCGUGAAAAGAUUGCAUCGGUUUCUUUAGGCUGUUGUGUGGUGGUUCUGAACAGAGGUAACGAGGGUUCAUCGGAUCCUCCUAAAGUAGAUAAAUCAACGAUUGCAAUUGGUUGCUGGAAAGGGCGUUCGAGUUUAUCAGUGAUGGUGACAGCAAUAGAUUGUCAGGAACUGUUGGAAAGGUUACUGGUUCGAAUGGAGACCGAAAAGGGAUCUUGUUUGCCUGAAAACAAACCGGUUUCUGAAUCUGAAGUGAAUGAAGAUUCUGAAACCAUAAUUGGUUGAAGUAUAAGGUAACAAAAUUUAGGAGUGGUUAUGUUGGUAAUGUAUUUGAAACUACAAGAUUUUGUAAGCUAUUCUUAUUUAAGAGUGAAUUACGAAAAGCAUACCUAGAAAUUAGAGCAUGAAAUCUGGAUAGGGCUUCCUGAUUGUUAUGUGGAUUAAUGGAACUAAAACCUUGAGCAUUUUUAUUACUCAUGUUUGUUGUAUUUGAUAUAUGCUCCUAUUUUUCUUUGAAAACCAGAUAUAUGCUCUUUUAUUUUA